AUGAACAUCGUUCGACAGUGUUCAAAAGAGUUCCGAUCCUGGGCAAAACCGCCGCUAGAUGGGACGGUUCGCGUCCCUGCUCUUCCGCCUACAUCUGAACAAAGACAGGCCGAGUAUGAAGAAAUAAAUGCUGAAAUCGAAAAGGCGGAGAAGGCAAUAGAAGAUCUUCUUAAGCAAACGCCAAGUCUUAGGCAACCCAAAACAAUCAACGACGCAUACAUACGAGCAAUAUACCUAAUCACGAAGCGGGUAGAUCGGAGGCUAGAGCAGCUAGAGCAGAAAUCAACCCAGCAGAAGUGGUGGUGGACUUAG